CGAAACUAUCACAAAUGCCACCCAAUGGCGAGGGAAUAAUGCAAUCGAUUCCCGAAAUGUCCGGAUCUUUGCCCAUAAGAAAAGGCCCGCAAUUUACACCAGAAAUAUUAAAUAUUUUGAAUAUGAAUAACAUAUCACUCGAUGGUAACAAUAAUGAGAAUCCUCUUCAUUUGCUUCAAUUGAAACCACAACUCGAAGACAAUAAACAUAUUAAAGAAGAUAAUGAUAAAGCGGUUCCACACGUUGUACCAGAAAUAUCACCGCCUAUUCCCCAAACUCCAGCUCCUAAUCGUUUUCCUUCACAGCCCAUAGACCCGACCCCUAAACCAUUCCAAAGAAUAUCCGGGUUUAACAAAAAGCAAACCGAAAAUCGCAUACAUUUCCCGACAGACACUGACAAGAAUCAAGUGGUCUCUCAGCCAAUACUGUCCGACACAAUGCCCUCAACGGCGCCACUGAACCGACCGUCGAAACCCAUUCAGUCGAACCCAUUCCACACCCAAUAUUCGGGUCCAAACAAGUUUAGGUUAAAACCGGCGAUCGGAGGACAAACAGUUGGCUCUCAAAUGCCUUCUUAUGGUAAUCAACUGAAACCCAACGGAAGACUUCCGCCGUUCCUUUUGCCCAAUACUAACCCACAGAACGUACAAUCGGUGAACGCUAUUAGACAUAAACCAAAUACAGGUUCUGUUCCUCACGUGGAAAGUAAUACUCAGAUAAGACCGGAGACACCGCCGCUCGCCAUCGAAGUGUCCGCUCCCGUCAAUAACCAAAAUAGUUUUGCCAACGAAUCGAGAGCCGAGUCCAUCACUUCUCGUCCCAAUCCACUGCUAUCAGAGCCACAGUCGACAACCGCUUCGUCUGAAUCUAACCAUUCAGUGUUCACAACUCCGAGGCCAACAACAAGUACAACAAAAACGCAACCAUUGGUCACGAUUAAGACACAGACGGCUAACGUCUCAAUUGUCAAAUCUUCGCCCACCACUACAUCCACGCCAAAGAGUACACCAAAUGCCGGAAACAAAAUUAAUAACUCAUGGGAUUUAUUCAGGGUUUCGGGUUGUAAUAUAUACGGCGUUAUGUAUGAAAUCGAUGCGCCAAUCGAUCGGUUGAGUACGGACUGCAAGAAGUGCAUCUGUUCCACACAGGGAGUCAAGUGCACCGACACGUGUUGA